AUGGCUGGUGCGAUAUUUCUAGGCGUCCUCGCAGGUCUCGUGGUGCUCUGCUCCAUCUUCUGGGUCGUGCGCCAUUGCCAGGAUGGCACGGGAAGCGCGAAGGGCGGCGGCGGCGUUUCGUCCGCGGCAGGGAAGCAAGAAGCGCUGCUGAACAAGAACAAGGACGACGUCGUCGUCGCCGUCCCUCAACAGCCGGGUGGGGCCUCCGGCCAGCGGGGCCCGGAGCCGAGCGACGGCGACGUGGAUGUGUGCGCGAUCUGCAAGGCGCGGCUUGCGGACGCGACCUGGGGCCGGCGCCGGCGCCUGCGGCCGUGCGGGCACGUAUACCACGCGGACUGCAUCAGCCUGUGGCUCCAGCGCAAGUGGAUCUGCCCCGUGUGCCGGGCUGCCGUCGCCAUGUCGCGGACCGAGAUCCUCGACGCCAUGGCGUGA